AACGAACGACGAGUCUGGAAAGCAUUGGGCGCUCCAAAAGGCUUUCCACGGAUUGAUCUGUCCUUCUUGGUGGAGAUUUACGCAGCAUUCCAUUAUCGCAAUCAAAGUUGGCUCGUCUUCCACAUAGCUUCUAACUAUCAAUUUUCCUGAAGUGGGGCUUUCGUUUUCAUGGCGCCUUUUCGAUUGUUUUUUGUUCUUUUUGGAAUUAUUGGGUGCUGGCGGAGUAGGCGGGAUUCGAUCUUGGCAAUCAAUGCUUCCAAAGACUUUCAAGCGAUUUCACGGGGUUUGGCCCGUACAACUGUAAUGCUUUUUGAUUUGAUGAUCCCUGCAACCUAAUCCGUGCACUCCAAGCCACAGAGCGAGAGAGGGAGAGUGACGGGAAUGGGUAACGUGGGAAGUAGCGGAGGCAAUGGUCGCCGGAGAAACCAGAGUCAUAAUCACAACACCACGGCCAGCCUUCCACCGCCUCAGCAGGCUGAGGUGCCGGCCGGUAAUCGUUAUAUAUUUGCUGCGGUUAUGCCAUACGGUCAAUAUCCAAACCCUAAUACUCUACAGUACUACCAUUUACCCCCACCUCAGACGCUGUUCACCCAGCUGCCGGCGCCGUUAGAUCAUCACCACCGAAGCAGUGGUGAUCACCCUGCUUACCAACAGGGAUGGAGGAAUCCCUACAGCCCAGCACCAUCGCCGCGGACUCCUGUGGUUGAGCACCAGAAAGCGGUGACGAUAAGGAAUGAUGUUAAUAUCAAGAAGGAGACUCUGAUGAUUGAGCCGGAUGAAGAGAAUCCCGGCAGGUAUCUUGUGGCCUUCACCUUUGAUGCCACUGUGGCCGGAAGAAUUACAGUUCUCUUCUUUGCCAAAGAAGGCUUUGAAUGUAACCUUAUGCCGAUGAAGGAGAGCUUGCUUGCUCCAGUGAUUAUUUCAUUCAAAGAUGGCCUUGGCCAGAAGUUCAAACAACCACCUGGAACUGGAAUUGACUUCUCAUUGUUUGAGGAAUUGGAAUUGGUAAAGGAAGGAGAAACAGAAGUUUACCCUUUGGCAAUUAAAGCAGAAGCAUGCCCAAUUGACAAACAAGGAUCUGCAGAAACUAACAACAUGAUAACUCCAAAUUCACAGAUAACACAGGCUGUUUUUGAGAAGAAGGAAAGUGGUGAAUACCAAGUCCAUGUGGUAAAGCAGAUCUUGUGGGUGAAUGGAACCAGAUAUGAGCUUCAAGAAAUCUAUGGCAUAGGCAAUUCUGUUGAUGGAGAUUUUGAUGGGAAUGAUGCAGGAAAAGAAUGCGUGAUUUGUCUUUCAGAACUAAGAGACACCACCGUCCUCCCAUGCAGGCAUAUGUGCUUGUGCAGUGACUGUGCAAAGGUUCUAAGGUAUCAGACAAACCGAUGCCCAAUAUGCCGGCAGCCCGUCGAUCGGUUGCUGGAGAUAAAGGUGAACUGCAGGGGUGAGGAUGAUGUACAACCUCAUUGUUAGGUCAGUUCAGACAGAAGAGAGAAGGAGAAACAACAUGAGCCACAACAAUGAAUGCUUAGCCCUACUACUAAAAUCAAAUUAAAUAAGAAAAAAAUUUGUAUCAAGAUAUUUUAGCCAAAAGUUGAUCAUGAUGAAUUUCAAAAUUAUUGAAUUUAUUUAUCUCAAAAUAAAUAUAAUAAAUUUGAAAUUCAUCAUAAUCAAUUAUUUGAUCAGAAUAUCAGACCAUAUUAUUCUAUUAAUAGGUCAAGGUUGAGUGAAAUUGUAUAUUCAAAAUUGUGAUAUUUUUAGUUAUUAGGAGACUGUUGUUUGUUUGAAAGAAUCUUAUUACUAAUGGAAGGAAGGUUUCCUUAAUUUGGUGAAAA